AUGGCUAACGCCUCUGCUUCUUCGGUCGGCCAGCCCCUGCCGGAGGCGUCGUCGAGAUGCCUGGCACAGGGCAGCACCGCGGCGCACAACUUCGAGGUGACCAACUUCUCGCUGCUGGACGGCAUGGGGGUCGGCAAGUCCGUCAGCUCGAGCACCUUCAGCGUCGGCGGCUUCGCCUGGUGCAUCAAUUUCUACCCUGACGGGGCAGAUUCAGGGGACAAAGCUGCACAUGUGUCGGCCUUCCUGAACUUUAAAGGAGGAGGAGCGGAUGCGAGGGUUAAGUUCAGCCUGAGUGUCUUGGGCAAAGGCGGUCAGGUGGCCAGACUGCUAAGCACGGCACAGACCUUUAAGCCGGCACAUGCAAGAUGGGGCUGGAAGAACUUGAUGCAGAAAUCCGACCUGCAACCGUUGCUGCGCCUCAACAAUGAUCGCUUCACAAUCAGGUGCGUUCUGACGGUCAUAAAAGGUCCCCAGGUAGAAGAUGUGCGCGCCAUCGUAGUCCCGCACUCGAGCCUGCUCCAAGAUUUCGCAAGCUUGCUCAAGGACGGGGAAGGUGCAGAUGUGGAGUUCAGCGUCGGCGGCCGGUUGUUUCCCGCUCACAGAUGCGUGCUGGCCGCACGGUCCGCGGUCUUCAGGGCCGAGCUCUUGGGCGCAAUGAAGGAGAAGGACGCAUGGUGCAUCCAGAUCGAUGACAUGGAGCCUUCCGUAUUCGAGGCACUCCUUCACUUCAUCUACUCAGAUUCUCUGCCAGAAGAUUGGGACGCCGACAAAAAUGUGCCGAUGCAACACCUGCUAGUUGCUGCAGAUCGAUAUGGAUUGGACAGGCUACGGCUGAUGUGCGAAGGGAAGAUGAGCCGAAGCAUUGACGCGGAAACAGUCGCGACCACUCUAGCUUUAGCCGAGCAGCACCAUUGCGUGCAACUCAAACGCGCUUGCCUCGAGUUUAUUGCUUCAGGGGGUGUGCUUGGCACUGUCAUGGGAACCGAUGGGUUCGUUCAUCUAGGCGUAAGCUGCCCGUUGGUUUUGUUGGAGAUCUUAGAUAAGCUCGCUUCUCUGAGAAUUUAG